AUGGCUCCAUUAGAUACAUUGAUUAAUAAAGCCACUGAUCCAACUUUAACUACAGAUAAUUGGCAAUAUAUACUUGAUGUUUGUGAUAAAAUAUCAUCAGAUCCUGAAUUAGAAACUACAAGAGCUAUAAAUUUAAUAAAAGCGAAAAUAUCAUCAACAAAAGAUGCAAAUAUUAUAUUAAGAUCAUUAUCAUUAAUAACUUCAAUUGCAGAAAAUUGUGGUUCAAGAAUGAAACAAGAAAUUGCAACUAAAUCAUUUUUACAAGAUUGUUUAAUUAAAAAAUUACAAGAUAAAAAAUUACAUAUUACUGUUAAAUAUAAAAUUAUUGAAGUACUUGAACAAUUAAAUAAAAGUUUCAAAAAUGAUCCAUCUUUAAAACCAAUGAAUGAUGCUUAUAAUAAAGCAAAAUAUGAAUAUCCUCAAUAUUUUAAAGCUCAACAUGGACCUAGUAAACCAGCAAAACAAGAAAGAACUCAACAAGAUAAAAAUAAAGAAGAUGAAGAAUUACAAAGAGUAUUAAAAAUGUCAUUACAAGAAUAUGAGGAUGAACAAAAUUUGAAAAAGCAAUAUUUAAAUAAUAAACCAUUACCUGAAGCUAAUAAUAAUCAAUCAAUUCCUCCUUCAUCUCCAGAUAGUUCAAAUGAAACUCAAACUGUGGCAACUGUCUCAAAAGUAAGAGCAUUAUAUGAUCUAAUAUCUUAUGAAGAAGAUGAAUUAUCAUUUAGGAAAGGGGAUGUAAUAACAGUAAUCGAAUCGGUUUAUAGAGAUUGGUGGAGAGGUUCCUUACCAAAUGGUAAAAUUGGUAUAUUUCCAUUAAAUUAUGUUACACCAAUAGUAAAUAAAACUCCACAAGAACUUGCAAAAGAAGCAGAAAUUGAAAAUCAACUAUUAAAUGUUGAACAAAGAAAGAUUGAGAGAUUAUUAGCAUUAUUAUCAACAAAUGAUAUAUCACAAGUUAAUGAAGAUGAAGUUACUGAUUUAUAUAAUAGUGUUAUAUCUUCGAGAAUCCAAUUAGGAAAUUUAAUAGAUAAAUAUAGCGUACGUCAAGAAGAAUUAACGGUUUUAAAUACUCAAUUAACUACAGAAGCAAAAUCAUAUAAUCAAUUAUUAGAUAAACUGAUAACAAAUCGAUCAAAAUUCAAUGGACCAAAUUAUAAUUCAUAUAGUUCACUUCCAUAUCCUGCUGUUUCACUGUCAGUACCUCAAUUAGUCCAACAACAAACUUCAUCUCAACAACAUAUACCACAAUCUAGACAAUCAAGCUCAACACAUAAUAACUUCCCAUCUUUACAACAACCUCAACAACAAUAUCAAACAUCACAACCUCAUUAUUCUCAACCAGACUUCAGUCAACCGCAACAUACUCAAACUCAACAUACACAAGCGCAACCAAGUCAACAUACCCAAUCUCAACAUACUCAAACUGAGUAUUCACAACCUCAAUAUACUCAACCUCAAUAUACUCAAUCACAAUACACUCAACCUCAAUAUACUCAACCUCAAUUUACUCAACCUCAGUUUACUCAACCUCAAAGUUCUACACCACAAUACGGUCAAUCUCAGUAUGCUCAACCCAAUUAUGCUCAACAACAACAACAGAGAUUGCAAGAACAAAACACUAGUGCAGGUUUUGGAAACGGUGGAUACUAA